AUGAUUAGGAAGCUAACCUUCAAUCAGCUGUGCAUGAUGUACGCCAGCACCAACGAACAGUUGAAAAACGCGCUGAACCUGAAGAUUUUUAUCCACGCGGAUAGCACCGACGAGUUGGAAUGGAAAAGUGUAUUGAGCGAGGCAAGCGGAGGGAGGGUAUAA